AUGGACUUCUCGGACGUCGGAAUUCGCCAUACUUUUCUCAACAGUGUACAGCUUCAUCACUUUUUUGAUUUCUCGCCGUCCGCUGUUGCCAUUGCUAAGGAGGCCCGUCUCUGCGUUAUUGCCGUUGUUGUUGGCUGGAUCACCACUCGUGUUAUCUCCAGUCUUUACGAUCGAGGACGAAAUUGUGGCUGUGGUAAAGGCCAUUGA